CUAGUGGAGUUUGUAUCUACCAAUGAGAUUCUAGGGCUACAAAUAAUCUUUAAUCAUUAUUUUACAAGCCUCUUUACUAUGUAACUAGGUUAUUAUAUGGACUUACUAAUGGAAGUUCCUAACAUACAAUGCAUUCCCAACACAAAACUCAAAACAUUUACGAGUAGCGUACAUUGAAUUAUGGAGGGUCAAAGAUGUUAGAAAGAAAAAAGAUGAAAAAGAAAAGGGAAAAAGAUAAUAUGGACUUUUAUUUGGUGGCCCAUCUAAAAGCUUAUUAGUUCAGCACAAAAUAAGUUCCACCAGACCCGCACGUUUCUUUAACCUAACCUUUUUUUUACUGCUCCAGCGAAGGCACAGCCGCCGCCAUUACUUCAUCUUCCUCGCAGCGCCGGCGCCCCAUCCUGCGGCCCUCGUGAUCGGGCUCUCAGCGACGGCGUCAGCGGCUUCCCCUUCCGCCUCUCGCCAGUCGCCUCGCGCCCUCGCCUCCGGCCCUCCACACACCGGCCUGCGACCUUGCGUGCCUGCCUCUCUCUCUCUCCUCCUUCCGGUGGAACGGCGCCCGGCUGCGCCGCGCGCGCCUUGAGGGUAGCGGGAGCCAACAGCCGCUGCUCCACCAAGGCGGUCGCGCCGCUUUGGGAGCGCUUAUGCCCCAAAGCGAAGCGUCACCCGUCCGCUUAGCGCGCUGAAGCGCGCGCUUAGUGCCGCUUCUUGGAACCCUAACGGCUGUACCUGGCAAAAAGAGGGCAAUUAUUGUGUGUGCAACAGAGCACAUGCAGAAAGAUCUGAUUCAAGUGUGGAAACUUUGUGAGACGGCUAUCUUUUUUUUCAAAGUCAGCGUCUUUUCGGUGGAUCUGUAGAGGACUUUAAUUCUCUGAAGGAGUGCAAUGGUCAAGUUGCCUGCACUGAGAAUGAAGAGGAUGUUUCAUGGUGAUGAUUGUGCUAAUGAGUUCAAAAUCAGGACCAUGAAAUCCAUGAAAGUUUCACACUUUCAUGUCAGCGAGUUAGAGCAGUCAGCUAUGUCGAACUUAUCAGAUAAAACUCCUCAAGAUGCAUCUCCUUGUUCUGCAGAGCCAGACCCAACCAUUCAACUUGCUGACCAGGAUAUUAGGGUAACAGAAGCUUCUGGCUUGCAUGAUCUGAUUGGAGGAAAAUCCAUGCUCGAGGAUUUAACAUCCGAAGUGAUAGAUUCACCAAAUUCAGAGGGUGACUCCUCUGCUAAUUAUGAUGACAACAAAUCUGUGUUACAUGCAGUGAAUUAUGUUGGCAAAGAGUUUGCAGAUGAUGGUGUAGAUUCUUCAUUCCAGAAUUUCUGUUUUAGUGAUCAUGAGGCGAACUGGGGUUUGAAUGAGUGUUGCAGACUGAUGGAUAUUUAUAGUCCAGAUGACGAUUUCUCUUAUUUGCUUGAUAGUCCACCUGAUCUUCUGCCUAGUUAUACUGGAUUUUGUGAUGAAUUUGUAUCAAUAGAUGCAUUGAUGAAUAUGAGUAGCAGAUGUGGAAUCUUCCCACUUAUUGAGAGCGCUACGGAAGCCAGUGUUGAUAAUAAGCCAUGCUCAUCUGAGGUGGAUUUGUGCUUUAAUAAUUCUGAGGUAUUAGAGUGGCUCAACCCUAAUCUAUUGGAGGGGGAUUUACCAGAUCUUGUUGAUUUUGCUGAGUUAAAUUCAAAUGCUACCCCUGCAAAAAAAGAGCAAUGGACCAGGAAUGUUACUCUCGUGCUUGAUUUGGAUGAAACCCUUGUUCAUUCAACUAUGAAGCAUUGUGAUGACGCUGAUUUCACAUUUUCUAUGUUCUAUGAUAUGAAAGAGCAUGUUGUAUACGUGAAAAAGAGACCGCAUGUCCAUAUGUUCCUCCAAAGGAUGGUUGAAAUGUUUGAGGUAGUGAUAUUUACUGCCAGUCAAAGUGUUUAUGCAGACCAGUUGCUUGACAUGCUGGAUCCAGAGAAGAAACUUUUCUCCAAGCGUUUCUUCCGGGAAUCGUGUUUGAUCACAGACAGCGGCUACAGAAAAGAUCUGACUGUUGUUGGAGUCGACCUUGCCAAGGUUGCCAUAAUUGACAACACUCCACAGGUUUUUGAGCUGCAAGUGAACAAUGGUAUACCAAUAGAGAGUUGGUAUAGCAACCCCUUGGACGAGGCGUUACCUCAGUUGAUCCCAUUCUUGGAGACCCUCGCUGUAGCAGAUGAUGUCCGGCCUAUCAUUGCCAAGAAGUUUGGCAAUAUAAUAGAUAAUCGCUAAGGUUCUUAAAUAAGUAUAGGGUUAGUCUUGUUUACUGGAAGAACCUAGAUGACAUCUUUAACUGGUCAAGGUGGGGGCAUUUUUCUCUUAAGGGCUAGUUUGGGAACCCUAUUUUCCUAAGUUUUUUUUUUCCAUUUUCCCAAGUAAAAUUAGUUCAUUUUUUCUUGGGAAAAUAUAAAUCCCUUGGAAAAUGAAGUUCUCAAACCAACUCUAAGGGCUAGUUUGGGAGUCACUUCCGGUUUUGUGGCUCCCAAACUAGCCCUAAAAGGCAGGUUGGCCCGUAGGAAUUAAGAGUAGGAAUUAAGAGUUUCGGUGAUGGGGCUAUUCCUUAGAAGAACUGUACAUAUCCUAAAUUUUGUUUUGCAACUUUGUACAUAGGAUGGUUGGAAUUGAAAGACAAACAUCUAUGCAAAGUUUCUUUGCAUUUUGCUCAAUGUGGUUUAAUGUUCGCAGC